CAGCGCUUACGCAGCGCUUUCACUAGGACAUACUUACUUACUUCAAGAAGCGUAGAACAAUAUGGCUGGAGCGGCCGGGCAGAGGCCCGGGCCGCCGUCGUUGACCACAGCGAAUCAGUACUUGUUUAACACCAGUAAAAAGGUGUACCUCCACGAGGGUGACUUGGGCGUGCACACAGCUGGGGCACUCACCUUUGCCACAGUCUUGCCCACAGUAUUGGGUAGCUGAUGCUCAUGGCCUAUGCUCAUGCUCGUUUUGGGCUCAGGCCUGCUGAAUUGCGGAAACCCGAAGUCAGCCGCAGACAAGGAAAAAGCAGAGUUCAUCUGCGCUGUAGUCGUUGGAGUUUUCAAUCUCGCUGUGUUUAUGAGCAAGAAUGGAGCAAUAGCACACAACUUAUUGUAGUUUUUUAUUACUUCUUUGGCAACAAGGGACAGGGAGAAAACUACAGCAAGCCUUCUAAUAGAAGUAUCAUCUAGAUCUAUGUAUGUAUGUUAUAUCAUAAUAUAUGAGGAUAGUUCGUUGUCGUAUCUUCAUCGGAUGCAGACUGUGGUCGCUGGAGGUAUACUAAAUGAGAGUGUCGCGCCAUCUAAGUAAGUAGCCUUUUCCUCUAAUCCCAACACGAACAUUGCGCAGUAUAUGCUUCGACGAGGAACCGAGCUAGGACGCAAGGGUCCGAAUCCAAUGAUACGACCAACCCUACUUCUUCUCAUAGCCAUGGUCCUGCUGUUAGUGGACCAGUUUACUACGACAAUGAAGUUUAUUGGGUGGCAAACAUUUUCUAACGAGUACCUCCCGAGAUUUGAAGCCUGUGAUGGACACGGGCACUGCCAAAGGCGGACUUGGUGUACUGUUUCCUUUACUUUUGACGUAAUAGUUAUAUAUAGUAAUUCUUGCAUAUUAGUGAGAAGGAGAUCGAUGGACCUAGUCCUAGCAGUAUUUGAUCUCUGUAUUGGCUCUUCUUCUUCACAAUGAAUCGUACAUCAUGCUUCGUAGGAUGUCCAUCGAGGACACCAGUCUCAAUCUCGUCCUCGUACAGAAGCAUGAUGAAACAAAAUGAAAAAUCUUUAUCUCCUUUUUUCAGUUGGAUGGUGCGUCUGGUUGUGCACUGUGCUUGGGGUCGUGCUUUUGUCCAUCAGUAUGUUCUGGUUUACUGUCCUCACCGGAAAGAAUUGCGUUGUCAAGGCAGUCGAAAUUACCAAGGAAAAACAGCGGGAGAGUGCGAUGCAGAGCCGUCAAGGUCACGAAUCACCCACACAAGAAAUGGGACAGGUAAUCAACGAAUGAGCUAGUACACCUAGGAAAGUGUACAAGCUGUAACUCUUGAAUAAAGUGACACAUUGCUCUUCCUUCAUACAAGAACAAGACCAACGAACUAUCAUCAAUUUAAUAAAUAGUGAUUGCUUCGUCCUGACCCUGACUGUUUUAAUUUUUUCAAUGAGGAUCGUAGAGAUUCAGAUUGUUGUAAAGUGAUCCUUUCAUUCUUACGUAUCUUCUCAGAUCUCUGACGCGCAUGGUAUUAGUGGGAUGCAUCGUCGGGUUGAAGGAUCUACUUCAGAUCCUCUAGCGAGAGACAUCGAGACAGGAUCAGCGGAAGAGGUGGAGGCGGAGCCACCGACGGGGCCGCUAGAAUACAUGCCCUUCGAUUACAGGAAAGCACUGGACCUACUAGGUCAUGAGGAAGAGGAGGAUAUACUCAGUACGUCAGAAAGGUAUUUUCGAUUAAUUUGUUUGUACGCUCUGUACAACCAUGUGAAUUUAUACCACAGACAAAUGAAAUAGAUGUGUUUAUAUUUUUGUUCAGCAGUAAAUACAGGUUCAACUACUGCAACACGAUCAUGAUGUCUAAAACCCGUUGUCGAAAAGAAGGUGAAGAUGAAACUUUUCAUCCUCACAUCACUGAUUCAGGUUAUUCGAUACAGUAGGAGGUCGAGCGCCGACUUCACCUCAGCAAGAUGAGGAUAUUUUCGAUAGGAAUGAAAGGAGGAUCAUCGGCAGUGGACCUCACGGGAUGCAGUACACUUAACUUUGAGCUGGUACGUAGAGGAGGAAUUUUGGUGGGAUAUUUGGAUGGCCAUCUGAGGGAAUGGAGAAGAGGAAGGGUAAGGAGGUGAAGAAUAUAACUGGCCACGGAGAAGAACGUUGUAGAGGCAUUGUACACCAUGUGGUACAUCCAUGAAAUUAGCAUAUGAGAUCAUGAUACUGAAAUAGAAUGCGACGUGAGUCUGCCUUUGCAUAGUGAGAACCAUGAAACAUUUGUGAACUAAACUCAUGGCCAAAACGACAGUGCAUGUGCAUAGUUGCAGCACGGCACGCAAGUAGCCAGCAUUUACGACGUAGCUUAGCAUGAACAUCAUUAUCACAUGUAAGAUUGUAAGCGUAGGAACAUCGACAUCUCUCAGGAAAUGAAUUUCUUCGAUUGACUUUUCAUUAGCAUCAUUACUUAGCAUCAACGCAUCAUUUACACUUUCGAUUCCCAUAUUGACACUAGCAUCCACACACAACAAGUAGCAUUGUCGAUACAGCGAGAUACAUCAGGAAUAUCGAGGUCCAAGAGAAUUUCAUUGCAUUCGCGACAUUCAUAGCUUCCAACAAGACAGUUACAUGCAUCAGUACCAGGGAGUUAGGCCCAAUUAGGAGAGCUCUAAGUUGUCCAUACUCCUAGAGGAGAGCGUUCAUCCUUCAUGAUUAACAUGAGCAUCAAAUUAUUCAAUCAUGGUAAGGAUGCAGUAGUACGAGGCGAAGCACCCAAAGCAUCAAAACCAAGUUAUCAUAGCGAUAGAGACACUCCCGAACUCCAGCGAUAAAAGGGUACAUGGAUGCUUCUGCACCCGAAGGAAUUUGAUUUCGUUAUUUGUGACGAGCAACUGGUGUGUCCCUCACUUCUCAGUGGAGUUGUGAUGGAACAUUGGUUGACUCUGAUUUCUUUAUUCCAAGACGUAGAAGUAUAUACGCAAUAUCAUCUUUCUGUUUUUAUCGAAAUCGGAGUAGAAUGAGUUACCGCUCUGGCGGUGUGGGACGACCGCACUAUGUGGAGUGUGUCGCAAAGAAACCUUGAUGUACUUAGCUCAUUGAUUCUUGCCAAGUACGGCAAGAAAGCAGAGCUGUUGGCUCCACUAGGGUCGGGAAGAGUUGAAGAUAGGGAAACGAACAAACACAUGAAUAGGCAUCAGAC